AUGAGGGAGUCAGCGCCUAUUAUAGAGAGUAAAUUUACCGACACUAAUACAAAUAAAAGAAAGAAUCUGGAGUGGAUUAGAGUACAAAAGAGUCUUAAGGAACUCACUGGGAAAUCCAGAGAGAUCACCCAGUUAAAGGGUUUCUGGAGACGAACAAAAGUGGCUGCAAAGAAAUCUGUGGCACAACAUAGAAGAGCUUUGCAAGCUACUGGUGGUGGACAAAGGCCAACAUCGCCAGGUGAUGAUCACCUAAAGAUAGUGGAACUCUGCCCAACAGAUUUUGUUAUAGAAGAAAAUCUUUAUGACAGCGAUGCGGUCCCACAACACGUUGAAGUUAUAGUUCUUGGAGGAACUGAAGAGCAAAACAACACAUUGUAUGAUAUAGACGAGGAUGAAAUUCUACCAGCAGAGGAACCAGCUGAACAGCAAAUGAUUACAGUGGCAAAUGUGCAUAGCGAAGAGGUGAAAAAACUCUGA